AGAGCCGGAGCUGGCCGCCCUCCGCGCGCACCGCGCCGCCUCCACGCCCGGUCCCUGCGCCGCACGCCCAAACCCGCGUCCGGCCCCGCCCCGCCCCGCCGCUGCCGGUCCACCGCUCCCCGCAGGCCGGAGCCGGCCGAGCGGCUUCCCGCCGGGGCUCUGCACGGCGCGGCGGGGCCGGGAGCCGGGGACCCCCGAGGAAAGGGGCGGCCCAGACGGCUGACGGAGGGGCGGCCGCGCGUGGAUGCGGCGGGAGCCGGAAGCCUCGAGCCGCCCGCGCCGUCUCUGCGCCGGUGCUCCCUAUGGCUUGAAGAGCCUGGCCACCCAGUGGCCCUGCUACCCCCAUGGAUCCCCUGAACCUGUCCUGGUACCCUGCCGACCCGGGGAGCCAGAACUGGAGCCGGCCCUUCAACGGGUCUGAAGGAAAGUCCGACGAGCAGCACUACAACUACUACGCCACCCUGCUCGUCCUGCUCAUCUUCAUCAUCGUCUUCGGCAACGUGCUGGUGUGCAUGGCUGUGUCCCGGGAGAAGGCGCUGCAGACCACCACCAACUACCUGAUCGUCAGCCUCGCGGUCGCCGACCUCCUGGUGGCCACGCUCGUGAUGCCCUGGGGCGUCUACCUGGAGGUGGUGGGCGAGUGGAGAUUCAGCAGGGUUCACUGUGACAUCUUUGUCACUCUGGACGUCAUGAUGUGCACAGCCAGCAUCCUGAACCUGUGUGCCAUCAGCAUCGACAGGUACACGGCCGUGGCCAUGCCCAUGCUCUACAACACGCGCUACAGCUCCAAGCGCCGCGUCACCGUCAUGAUUGCCAUCGUCUGGGUCCUGUCCUUCACCAUCUCCUGCCCGCUGCUCUUCGGACUCAACAACACAGAGCAGAGCGAGUGCAUCAUCGCCAACCCCGCCUUCGUGGUCUACUCCUCCGUGGUCUCCUUCUACGUGCCCUUCAUCGUCACCCUGCUGGUCUACAUCAAGAUCUACACGGUCCUCCGCAGGCGCCGGAAGCGGGUCAACACCAAGCGCAGCAGCCGGGCCUUCAGGGCCAACCUGAAGGCCCCACUCAAGGGCAGCUGUGCUCACCCCGAGGACAUGAGACUCUGCACCGUUAUCAUGAAGUCUAACGGCAGUUUCCCUGUGAACAGGCGGAGAGCGGAGGCUGCCCGCCGAGCCCAGGAGCUGGAGAUGGAGAUGCUCUCCAGCACCAGCCCACCCGAGAGGACCCGGUACAGCCCCAUCCCGCCCAGCCACCACCAGCUGACCCUUCCCGACCCGUCCCACCACAGCACUCCCGACAGCCCCGCCAAACCCGAGAAGAAUGGGCAUGCCAAAGACCACCCCAAGAUCGCCAAGAUCUUCGAGAUCCAGUCCAUGCCCAAUGGCAAGACCCGGACCUCGCUGAAGACGCUGAGCCGCAGGAAGCUGUCGCAGCAGAAGGAGAGGAAGGCCACCCAGAUGCUGGCCAUUGUGCUCGGCGUGUUCAUCAUCUGCUGGCUGCCCUUCUUCAUCACACACAUCCUGAACAUUCACUGUGACUGUGCCAUCCCGCCCGUCCUGUACAGCGCCUUCACGUGGCUGGGCUACGUCAACAGCGCCGUGAACCCCAUCAUCUACACGACCUUCAACAUCGAGUUCCGCAAGGCCUUCCUGAAGAUCCUCCGCUGCUGACCCGCUGCCUUGCCGCCCAG